CGCGCAUCUUCCGAGCAGCGUUUUGAUUCAUUGUUAAAAUAGAGGCUGUGACCCCGGCACCAGGACCUCCACCACCCCGAUUUCUGCCAGUUGGUUGGUGGUCGUGGAGGAAACUCGAGUCGCAAGGGGCACGUGAAGAGCCCCUGGAAAUGGAGCUACGUUCUCCAUCCAAGACGAUGCUCCUCUUGGCGGCUGGAGCAGGAAAGAACAGCCCAGGCCCCACCUAGAAAGCCAGCUACCGAGGCUCACCUGCUGUGGAGGAAGUGGCUAUGAGUGUCCCGGGCGUGCAUUCUGAAGCCAGCGUUUCUGCCAAGAGCCACCGUCCGAGCUGCUGUCCCCCCAGGGAGGUCCAUGGAGCAGGACACGAGAGCACUGCUGCCCACCCAGGGCACUGCCUGGGCUACAGCCUCCGUCCCAGCCGCCGGCCUCCAGGGUCCCCAGGGAGACUCCCACCAGGCCUGCUCUCAGGAGCCUCACCACCCUUCCAGUGCCGAGGCACCUUACUUGGACCUGCCCCGCUGCCCGUCGGUCCCUCAGGACCCACUCUGCACCAGCACCUGUGCUGACCGGUCUGCGGAAGGCCUUGGCCUCAAGCAGGGGCCUCAGAGGGACUGGUCCCCAACAACCGCUCCCCCUGCAGCGGGCCCUGCAGCCGCCCCAAGGAACAGGCUCCAGGACCCUGAGGUGGUAUCCUAUCUGGAGGGGCUGACCUGUAGUAGCUUCCAGAACAAGGGCCCGAACUCUGAUACCAGCUCCAGCCAGAACAGCAAUACUCCUCAUGAUACCAGCAAUUCGUCUUCUGUGGAUUGGGACACUGUUGAGAGGCCAGGGGUGGUCCCCAACGGGGACAGACUCACCGUGAUGAUCCCGAGGAGGCCUCAGGAGGCGCUGAGAGCUGACAGUGCUCGAAAGGUCACCAGGUCCCCAGCCAGGGGAGACACAGCAGGCCAGAGAAAGGAGGAUUCUGGCAGUGGUGGACAGAGUGUUGGCCAGCACUGGGCAAAGCUAAGGGCAGAAAGCGGCUACUUCUCCCUGGAGCGACAGCGCUCCGGGCAAACCCAGGUUUCCUCUGGGACAUCACCAAGUGGACCUCGGACCACCACCCAGGCUUCUUCUGCUCAAAGGGAUGCUUUCCAGGCUGCUUCUGCACAAGAAACCCUCCAAACCUCCUCUCUGCCACGAAAUGCCCAAAGAGACACCUCUAGGACCUUUGCCACACAGCGGAGCACCCCCAGAACUUCCUCUCCUUCGAGAGUCUCUCAGCGGGACACUCCUAGAACUAUGUCCACCCAGCGAAACAGCACUCCACUUUCCUCUCCCCUCAAAGCCACUCCAGAGACCCUCAAGACCUCCACACCGCAAGAUGGACCCCGUCGUGUUACGUCACCACCAUGUGCCCAAGACGCCUCUCUCAACAGAACCAGCCAGCGGGACAACCCCAGGACUCCCUGUGCCCAGAGGGACACUCCCAGGACCUCCUCUCCCAACAGAACCAGCCAGCGGGACAACCCCAGGACUCCCUGUGCCCAGAGGGACACUCCCAGGACCUCCUCUCCCAACAGAACCAGCCAGCGGGACAACCCCAGGACUCCCUGUGCCCAGAGGGACAAUCCCAGGACCUCCUCUCCCAAUAGAACCAGCCAGCGGGACAACCCCAGGACUCCCUGUGCCCAGAGGGACAAUCCCAGGACCUCCUCUCCCAACAGACCCAGCUUGCGGGACAACCCCAGGACUGCCUGUGCCCAGAGGGACACACCCAGGACCUCCUCUCCCAAUAGAACCAGCCAGCGGGACAAUCCCAGGACUGCCUGUGCCCCAAGGGACAAUCCCAGGACCUCCUCUCCCAACAGAACUAGCCAGCAGGACAACCCCAGGACUCCCUGUGCCCAGAGAGACACCCCCAGGACCUCCUCUCCCAACAGACCCAGCCAGCGGGACAACCCCAGGACUGCCUGUGCCCAGAGGGACACUCCCAGGACCUCCUCUCCCAACAGAGCCAGCCAGUGGGACAACCCCAGGACUCCCUGCAUAUCACAGAACACCCCCAGGACCUCCUCUCCCAACAGAACCAGCCGGCGGGACAACGCCAGGACUCCCUGCAUAUCGCAGAACACCCCCAGGACCCCUCCUACCCAAGGAGAUAAGACUACAGCCUCCUGCAGCAGAUGGGAACAUCUCAGAAGCGCCUGCACCCAACGAGACAACCCAGGGCCAUCAUCUUCCUUCCAACGAGACAACCCCAGGACCUCCUCUCAAGGCUGCACCCCCAAAAACAACCCAGGACCAUCAUCUCCCCGCCGUGCCACUCAGGGGAGUAGUUCCCGGAACCCUUCUCCCCACCGCACCAACAAAGAUAUCCCUUGGGCUUCCUUUCCCCUUCGGCCGACCCAGAGUGACGGUCCCCGAACCUCCUCUCCAUCUCGCACCAAACAAACCCAGGUGCCUUGGGCGUCCAUUUCUCUCCGGCCAACCCAAGGGGACAGGGCUCAGACCUCAGCUCCUCCCAAGCUAGCCCAUAGUGACCCUCCCCAGCACUAUUCGCCGUCCCUGGCCACCUCCUCCUCCUCCUCUCCUAACCCGGGCCAUCCCAGCGCCUCUAGGACUUCAUCGCCUCUGAACCCAGCACCACGUGGUGCUCCCCAGACCUCUUCGGAGUCCUCUCAGCCACCAUGUGCCGUGUGCAUCGGGCACCGGGACGCACCUCGCGCCUCUUCACCCCCUCGCUACUUUCAGUAUGACCCUUUCCCCUUUUUCCCAGAUCCCCGCUCAUCUGAGAGCGAAUCACCCCACCACGAACCCCCCUACAUGCCACCCGCAGUGUGUAUCGGGCACCGUGACGCCCCCCGGGCCUCCUCGCCACCUCGUCAUGCCCAGUUUGAUCCCUUCCCCUUCCUCCCAGACACAUCAGAUGCUGAGACCGAGUCCCCCCAGCAUGACCCCCCGCAGUUUCCCCCCUCCGUGUGCAUCGGAUACCGCGAUGCCCCCCGGGCCUCUUCCCCGCCACGCCAGUUCCCAGAGCCCUCCUUCUUCCAGGAUCUCCCCAGGGCCAGCACAGAGAGCCUGGCCCCUUCCACAGACUCUAUGCGUGAGCCUCCCCACGUCCCCGCUCCUGUAUGUAUUGGACACAGGGACGCUCCCUCUUUCUCCUCCCCACCACGCCAGGCCCCUGAGCCUUCCCUUUUUUUCCAGGAUCCUCCUGGGACCAGUAUGGAGAGUCUUGCCCCUUCCAUUGACUCUCUGCAUGGCUCCCCACUGCUGCCCUCCCAAGUGUGCAUUGGCCAUAGAGACGCGCCCAGAGCCUCCUCUCCUCCCCGCCACCUGCCCAGUGACUUAGGCCUCCUGGCACCCUCCCCUCCCCCAGGUAGCUCAGGCUCCCGGGGCUCAGCGCCCCCGGGGGAGAGCAGACACAGCUUGGAGAGGGAGGAGUACACCAUGCUGGCUGACCUGCCCCCGCCCAGGAGGCUGGCUCAGAGGGGUCCAGAGCCCCAGGCGCAGGGCAGCAACGAGGGCCGUACCCGCAGCCCUGGCCGGGCAGAGGUGGAGCGCCUCUUCGGGCAAGAGCGCAGGAAGUCGGAGGCAGCAGGGGCCUUCCAGGCUCGGGAUGAGGGACGGUCACAGAGGCCCAGCCAAGGUCAGAGCCAACUUCGAAGACAGUCCAGCCCUGCCCCCAGCAGGCAGGUGACCAAGCCCUCUGCCAAGCAGGCAGAGCCAGCCCAGCGGAGCCAACCAGAGCCCCCACAUCCUAAGAGUCCUGAGAGGCGGCCUGAGGGAGACCGGCGGCCCCAGAGGACCUCACCACCUGCCAGGACAUCAGCCAGGUCCUCUGAGAGGAGGGUUCAGAUAGGGAGACAUCUGGACAGUGGUUGCCCUGGCCUGAGGCAGCCUCUAGGAGGGUGGAGUCAGGGGGAGCUGUCAGGACCCCAAAGUCCUAACCAGCACCUGGGGAAGAGCUGGGGCAGCCAGGAGGAGGACCCAGGUCUGGGGGGCUGGCCAGAACUUGGGGAGCACGGGGAAAGGUGGGGACAGUCAGAGACCUGGGAGGAACCUCCCAGCAAUGGGAUACAGGGGGGGCCCCCAAGGGGCCAAAGUAGCCUUCAGGAAUUGUCCAGACCCCACCAGUCUACAGUUCCCCCAGACAACGCCUGGACAGGCCCAGCAGAAUGCGUGUGUGCCCGGCAGCCUGAGGCCACAACCGCCAUGGGCUGGAGGGCUGAGGAAGCAUCCCCACAUCAGCACAGUCCCUUGAGGCCACCCGACCUGGACUGGAGGGACCUCUUAAGCCUUUUCCGGGCACCAGGGGAUGGGGCCUGGACCCGGCUUCCAAGGCUGGACUGGGAAGGCCUCCUGGAGCUCCUGCAGGCUAGGCUGCCCCAAAAGGACCCAGCUGGGCACUGGCGUGACCCAGCCAAGUCUUCAGAACCAGAACUGGGUUCCCCAGACACAGAGGACACCCCGAAGACAGAGUCGCCGGCCCAGCCUGAAGGAUGGCCCAAGGCCACCCUAGCCAAUGGACACAGCCCUGAGCAACAGUCGGAGAGCCCAGCACAGCCACCCAGCCCUGCCUGUACCUCCACCCAGUGGCCAACAACCAAAGUGACGAGCAGACCAGAAACUUCAGCUCUGGCUGCUCUGGAGCAGAUAGGUCACCGAGAGAGUCACAGCCCACCAGACCAGGCGUUCCAGCCAGAGGAACCUGAGGUGUCAGAACCAAGCAGAGGCGAAGACUCACCGGCUGACCAGAAGCAGGAGGACUCGGCAGACAAGAGGCCAGCAGAGGGCAAGGCUGGGAGCCCACUCAAGGGCCGGCUGGUGACUUCGUGGCGAAUGCCCGGGGACCGACCCACGCUGUUCAAUCCAUACCUGCUGUCCCUGGGGGUCCUCAGGUGGCAAAGGCCCGAUCUGCUCAACUUCAAGAAGGGAUGGAUGUCAAUCUUGGAUGAGCCUGGAGAGUGGAAAAAGCAUUGGUUUGUGCUAACGGAUUCAAGCCUCAAAUAUUACAGAGACUCCACCGCCGAGGAGGCGGAUGAGCUGGAUGGCGAGAUUGACCUGCGCUCCUGCACCGACGUCACAGAGUAUGCAGUCCAGCGAAACUAUGGUUUCCAGAUCCACACCAAAGAUGCCACUUACACCUUGUCGGCCAUGACCUCGGGCAUCCGGCGGAACUGGAUUGAGGCUCUCAGGAAGACCGUGCGUCCAACUUCAGCCCCAGAUGUCACCAAGCUCUCAGAAUGCAAUAAGGAAAACACGCCGCAUGGCUAUGGCACCCAGAAGGGCUCCCUGAAGAUAGGGGAGCAGCGGACAGGCGCUGAGGUUAUCGGCCGGGGUGGUCCUCGGAAGGCGGACGGACCACGGCAGUCCGUGGACUACGUGGAGCUCUCUCCGUUGACGCCAAGCUCCCCUCAGCGCACGCGCACUCUGUCCCGCUCCACCUCUGAUCGCCCAACCAAGCAGGAGGAUCUGGAGCGGGACCUGGCCCAGCGCUCUGAGGAAAGACGCAAGUGGUUCGAGGCCACAGACGGCAGGACCCCAGAGACAGCCAGUGGUGACGGGCCUCGAAGGGGCCUGGGCGCCCCCCUGACUGAGGACCAGCAGAGCCGGCUCAGUGAGGAGAUUGAAAAGAAGUGGCAGGAAUUGGAAAAGCUGCCCCUGCGGGAGAACAAGAGAGUGCCACUCACUGCCCUGCUCAACCAAGGCCACAGCGAGCGACGUGGGUCCCCAAGUGACAGCCAUGAAGCCCUGAAGAAGGAGGUCCAGUCUCUCCGUGCCCAGCUGGAGGCAUGGCGUCUCCGAGGGGAAGCUCCUCAGAAUGCCCCCAGAACCCAGGGGGAGGACAGCCAUAUCCCGCCAGGCUACAUCUCACAGGAAGCCUGUGAGCGCAGCCUGGCGGAGAUGGAGUCCUCACACCAGCAGGUGAUGGAGCAGCUGCAGCGGCACCACGAGCGAGAGCUGCAGAGGCUGCAGCAGGAGAAGGAGUGGCUGCUGGCUGAGGAGACGGCGGCCACAGCCUCAGCCAUUGAAGCCAUGAAGAAGGCUUAUCAAGAAGAACUGAGCCGGGAGCUGAGCAAAACACGGAGUCUCCAGCAGGGCCCAGAUGGCCUGCGGAAGCAGCACCAGUUGGACAUGGAGGAGCUGAAACAGAAGCUGCAGGUGCUGUCCGAGAGGUAUUCACAGAAGUGCCUGGAGAUCGGGGCCCUCACCAGGCAGGCGGAGGAGCGCGAGCACACCCUGCGACGCUGCCAGCAGGAGGGCCAGGAGCUGCUGCGCCACAACCAGGAGCUGCACUCCCACCUGUCCGAGGAGAUCGACCGUCUGCGCAGCUUCAUCGCCUCCCAGGGCACAGGCAACAGCUUUGGGCGCAGCAACGAGAGGAGCGCCUGUGAGCUGGAGGUGCUGCUUCGAGUGAAGGAGAAUGAACUCCAGUACCUGAAAAAGGAGGUGCAGUGUCUCCGGGAUGAGCUCCAGGGGAUGCAGAAGGACAAGUGCCUCACGGGAAAGUACCAGGACCUGUAUGUGGAGCUGAACCACAUCAAGACUCAGUCGGAGCGCGAGAUCGAGCAGCUGAAGGAGCACCUGCGCCUGGCCAUGGCCGCCCUGCAGGAGAAGGAGGCUGUGAGGAACAGCUUGGCUGAGUAGAGGUCCCUGCGGUUCGGCUGAGCUGAGGACCUUCUGGCCCCAGGGGACCAGCCACGCUCCUUCUCUGACAGAAGUCAGAAGCCAAGCUUUCUCCCUACCCUGGAUCACACGUGCACUCACACACUCUCACACAUACCCACACACACACACACACACACACACACACACACACACACACUGCGGAUCUGAGCUCAUCCCUCGCACUGGGUCUUACCUUGCACCUUCUUCAGGAUUUUAUAUGUGAAGAGAUUUUUAUAUAGAUUUUUUUUUUCUAAAACACUUUAAACUUUUUAAAAAGGCAGUUCUUGGUGGCAUGUGCCUCUGGCACUGGCUCCUGUUCCUCUCUGAUCCCCUGCUUGGGCCUCCUUCCUACCCUGGGCAUCUCACAAAGGACCAAGCAGGGCCGGGGUGAGUUGACCAGAGGGGCAAAGGCAAGGAGCAGCCGUCUCUCCUGCUUCCUCUACUCACUGCUUCCUGCCCUGGCCUCUGGGCAGAGGGAGGAGCCGGUCGCCAUGCCCAGGCUCCACUCCUCUGAGGGGCGCUGGGUGUGGGCCAUCAGCGCCGCCCAUGAAGACGCUUCUCUCCUGUCCCACGAGCCAUCCUAACUUAAUAAAACCUUCCAGCAACUCUG